AUGGCACCCGCUUCGGCUCUGUUGAACUCACGCGGGGCUCGCUUCUGGGGCACCUUUGUUGCUCUGUGCCUGCUCGCGUUUAUCUCGACGCUCGACGUCGCGAUUAUCUCGACAAGCCUGCCCGCCAUUACAGCAGACCUGGGAAGUGAUGCCGCUCGGCAAUAUGUCUGGAUUGCCAACUCCUUCCUGAUCGCAUCAUGCGUGCUGCAGCCCCUUUUCGGCCAGCUCGCUACGAUCUUCGGUCGCCGUGUGCCACUGGUGGUCUGCGUCAUUCUCUUUGCCCUAGGCAGUGGAAUUGGUGGGGCUGCCCGCAAUCCCGCAAUGCUCAUCGCUGGGUGUACCAUACAGGGCGUGGGUGCAGGCGGAAUCUAUGUGCUGAUCGAUGUGGUGUGCUGUGAUUUGGUGCCGCUGCGCGAACGUGGGAAAUAUCUGGGCCUGAUGUUUUCCUGGGCCGGCUUCGCAGCUGCCAUCGGCCCUCCAGUUGGCGGGGCACUCGCGCAAGCAGACUGGCGCUGGAUCUUCUGGAUCAAUAUUCCCGUUUGUGGUCUGGCUUUACUGUUUCUCCUCUGCUUCAUGGGGCUUGGCACGCUUGGCACGGGCACCAAGAUGGAUGGCAGCCAGCGGAGGUUAGGAUUUGCUUCCAAGCUGAAGGGUAUUGACUACCUGGGUACUUUUAUCUUCAUCCCCAGCAUGAUCGCUCUUUUGUGGGGAUUAAUAUUCGGUGGUAUCCAGUACCCCUGGCAUUCGUUUCGUAUCAUUGUCUCUUUGGUCCUGGGCUGCCUGGGCUGGGCUGCUUUUCAUGUCCAGCAACACUUCGCUAAGCACCAAAGCGUCCCCUCGCGCCUGUUUACCAACCGAACUUCAGCAACUGCCUUCUUUCUCACCUUCACUUCGUCGAUCCUCGUCCAGUCGAUCACUUAUUUCCUCCCCGUGUAUUUUCAGGGAGUCCUGGGAACAACGGUCCUUCAGUCAGGGACCUUCUUUCUACCUUUCGCCAUGGGCUCGCUUGCUUCGGCUGUAGCGGGUGGCAUCUUGCUUAGCAAGCUUGGCUCUUAUCGAAUCUUGCACGCGGCUGCCUUUGCUAUUUCCUCUGUCGCUUUUGGCAUCCUAACCUUACUUGAUGCCAACACCUCCAAAGUUGCCUGGGCUUUCUUCCAACUCGUUGCUGCCGCCGGUGCCGGUAUUCCCAUGUCUACUAUGUUGUCGGCUAUUAUGGCCGGACUUCCUGAAUCAGACGUUGCGUCUGCAUCUGCAACAUAUAGCUUCAUCCUUAAUUUCGGCUACCUCUGGGGUGUUACCUUCCCUGGCAUCAUCUUCAACUUUGUCGUCAAGAGGAGCUUGAACUUGAUUUCCGAUGAAUCGCUUCGGUCCCAACUGAGAGAUGAUGCUGCGUAUUCAUUCGCAAGCCAGGUCCAUGUCCUUCGACAUGAUCUCAGCCCUACUGUUUCCCAAGAACUCACUGAGGCCUAUAAGAAGGGUUUAAGGGCAAUCUGGUGGUUUGGUUUAGGCAUCAGUAUUUUCAGUUUCUUUGCUGUUAUUGGCGAAAAAGAUUUGGAGCUUAGGAAAGAAUUGGAUACUGAGUAUGGCCUUGAAGCCUCUGAGAAGAGCAAUGAAGCACAAUCAAACAUUUCAGGAAACGCAAACGGAAGAGAAGAUGUGGGGAUGUCGGGCAAAAGUGCAGUGGUUGGACUGAGUUAG